AACAAAAAUUGUUAAAUAUAUCUAAUCUAAGUAGGUAUUAUCGAAAAAUCUUUUAUACAGGGUGACAUCAAACUUUUUAAGGAACAUAAACAAUUGGCCAAAAUGGCAUCUCAUCAAUUUAUUUGUUUCCUAGCAAUGAUAUCUCUUAUGAUUAUCAAUAUUAGUGCAAACAAUGCAUGCCACCCUGAUGAUCUCAAGGGUCUCAAUGACUUCAAAGCUGGCAUACAUUCUGAUACUUCAGGCAGACUAAGCAAAUGGAUUGGCCAAGAUUGUUGCAAUUGGCCAGGCAUUUCUUGCAACUCUACAACUUAUAGAGUUGUACAAAUCUAUUUACCUGGUCACUAUGUAUCUGGUGACGAUGAAUCUCCAAACUUCGUGUCAAGUACAAUGAGUGGUUCAAUCUCCCCUUCAAUUUCACUUCUCACUUCACUACAAGUUAUUGAUCUUAACAAACUAGUCGGACUAACUGGGCAAAUUCCUGAGUCCAUUGGGGUUCUCAAGGAUCUCAAAGAACUCAACUUACAAACCAAUCAAAUCUCUAGUACAAUCCCAGAGUCAGUAUUCACAUUGACGUCUCUAACAACCUUGAACCUUGAAAACAACCACUUAACAGGAGAAAUUUCGGAGAAUAUUUGCAACUUACAAGCACUUCAAAAGCUUUUCUUGUCAAACAAUUCGUUCACCGGAAAAAUUCCACUUUCAAUCACAAAACUACAUUCCAUUUCCACAAUCCACUUAGAAAAAAAUCAACUUGUUGGUGAAAUACAAUUGCCUUUAACUCCUUCCCAAUGGCCUUCAAUUAAAACUUUGUCUCUUGACAACAAUGCACUUACUGGAGUCAUACCUGAUUCAAUUGGUUAUUUGACAACACUUUCAUCACUAUCUAUAUCAAAUAAUCAACUAACAGGAUCUAUUCCUUCUAGUUUGGGAAACAUAAAGCAAUUGCAAAUGUUGAAGGUCAAUAACAACAAUUUAUCUGUUGAGACGUUGCCAACGACGAUGUGUGGUCUUACUGAGCUAAGUGUAUUGUAUGUUUCUCAAAACAAGAUUCAUGGACCAUUACCUGGAUGCCUUUCAUCAUUCAAGUACUUAUUAGAUGUCGACGUACCAUUCAAACGUACAGCCACUCUUCCUAUGGGAGUACAAAAACAGUGA